AUGGCAAUGUCGGCGGCACCGUCCACCUCAUCCGCAUGGAGUGCCUCAAUGGCGCUGCGGCCGGAGAAAGGAAACAUAUGGCAGACUGUAUUUCAAGCCUUCGAUCCCGACGAGUCCAAUGUAUACCAUUCGCGCAGACCCCAUAAGAAAUCCAGGGCCGGCUGCCUCGUCUGCAAAAAACGGCGAGUGAAGUGUGAUGAACAAAAGCCGUCCUGCUUGAGAUGCCGAAAAUACGGCGCUCUGUGCGCCUACCCUUCCUUAGAAGUAUCUCUGAGGAGCACAGAUAACUCUCAGGCACUGUCGCUUCCAGGGAAACCAAGUCAGAUGGCAUUCUCCAUGUCACUGACCGACAUGGAAACCAAGAUCUACGAGCUCUUGGGACCAUGUGGUGGAAUCAUGCCGCAUACCCUGAAAGAGCGAGGUGCGUCUCAUUCCAUCCCAACUAUAGCCCUGCAGCAUUUCAUCAAGAACUCUACCGAGCACACCCCCAUCGCGUCCAUGCGCAACGUGAUGCGGACCGACAUGAUAAAGGUGGCAUUCAGUAGCCCAUACUUGAUGUACACGAUCCUCGGUGUCGGCCUUCUUCACCUAAACCGGGUCUCCCCCGGAAACCACCUCCGGCAACUCGCAGAGGCCCACUUCUGGCAGCAGGCCAUUCGAUUGUACCAGAAGGCCCUGAGUGCAAAGCUAACCCGGGAGAAUAUGGAUGCGAUUCUCUCAGCCUGCCUCUUCAUGGGGCUUACUUCCAUUUGUCCGGAGAAGUUCGAGCCCACGGAUUCAUGGGUCCUGACGAACAAGCCCGGAGCCAUGAACUGGAUCUGUCUUCAAAGCGGAGUGCGGUGCAUUAUCGAGCUCGCUCAGCCGUUCCUCGCCGAUAGUAUAUGGGCGACAGCCUUUGCCGAAUCCGCGAGCAAAGAAUGGGGACUCUUCGAUUGCUCUGGUCAUAUUGGACGGGAAGGCUUAGAUCCUGUCUUGGCUGAUCUCUGCGGAGUCGAUGAUUUUACGACAGAGCAAACAAAUCUAUAUUAUGCGCCAUUGAAGUACAUAACCGGACUGUCCGGCCUAGAGAGAACAGCCGUCAACGCAAGUAUCUGCACAAGCUUUAUCGGACGACUGGAACAUGGGUUUCUUGGCCUGCUCCGAGAGAGAGACCCGCCCGCACUGAUUAUCCUGUCGCAGUGGAUGGGGAUGAUGUGUACCAUGUCUCAGUGGCAGCCGUGGGUCGAGGGACGGGUUCGACAAGAGUGUGUCGCCAUCUGCAUGUACCUGGAGAACAGCCCAGACCCGAGGAUACGCGGAUUGCUCGAGUUUCCAGCGGAGUCGUGCGGAUAUACGCUGAAACGGAAUCGACAAUGA